AUGGCCACUUGGACAAUCCAGGCUCUUUCAUUGGCACUGUGCCUUUCUUCAGGAUUUCAACAGGGCUAUAUUGCAUCUGUUCUCAAUCAACCGUAUAUUCAAAUCCAAAAAUUCAUCAACCAAUCAUGGAUUCAUCGAACUGGACGUCCUAUGGAAUCAACGACAUUGGACAUGCUAUGGUCUUUUCUCAACAUCUGCUUCCCGAUAGCAAUGAUUUUCGGACAGUUCUUGGCAGCGUUCCUCUGUAAGAAGAUUGGUAGGAGAUACACGGCCCUGUUGGCUAGUGCCCUCUACAUCCCAGCCACACUUCUCAGCGCUGCAUCGAAGCUCUGCUUCCCCGCAUUUGAACUGUUGUAUGUUGGAAGGAUUCUGUGGUCCCUUGCCAAUGGGAUAAACAGUGUCAAUGCAACGAUCUGGAUUGUGGAAUGUGCACCUCCAGCGAUACGUGGCCGUAUGGCUGCAGCUCAGGAACUCUUCAUGGCCAUCGGCGCUUUGAUAACCCAAGCUCUGGGUGUUCCGUUUGCAACCGAUUCUAUGUGGCCAUGGAUCUUUCUACCCAACGUCGCUUUUGUGAUUGUGUCGAUGGUCAUGUUUGCCUUCCUACAUGAUUCACCUCAGUACAUCAUACAGAAGACAGGAGACCCGGAACAAGCUAGGAAAGCUCUGGCUGCCUAUCACGGAGUCGACGUUUCCGAUUCAUCGCUUGACAUCGAAAUCCGUAUCUGUGAAGAGGCAUUGACGAAGAAAAAGUCCAAGAAAGAGGCGGACCUCGGUGUAGUCCAAACUGAACACAGCUCAAUCGCCAUACUUUUUAUGCCAUGGAAGACUCGCGAUCCCCUGUCUCAGGUGAUUCGACAUGGAGCCUGGUUGGGUGUGAUGGUCAAGAUCGCCUAUGUUUUCACUGGAGCAAGAUGUAUCCGGGCGUACACUACGUUCAUUCUCUACUCAAUGGCUGGUUGGUCUCACAACGCUGCCCUGUUCGAGUCGUUGAUGAUAGGAAUUGCUCGACUGCCCACCACCCUCAUUCCUGUUUUGCUCGUUGACCGCUUUGGUAGACGGCCGCUACUAAUAAUAUCCACUAUUGUUUGUUUCAUUUCACUUGGACUAAUGAUUGUUGGAAUAGAUAUCGGCCCCAGUUGGAAGAUCGCUACAUUGGUCGGCUUGACGACAGUGCUGCUGAUCAGUGCGUGUGGAAUUGGAUCACUUUCACGUUUCUAUGCUGCCGAGUUGGUACCCCGAAGCAUACUUCUCCAAUCAACCUCUAUAUUGACUAUGUUUGAAGCGCUCACGAAGAUCGGCGUCGAAUUCGCUUUCUAUCCUCUAGCUAAUGUGAUUCAUGGGCAAGCACUCCUCCUGUUUCUUAUUCCCACAGCAAUUUUCAUGAUUCUGAUGUGGAUGUGCCCAGAAACCAGUAGAAGAACAGUCAAUGAGGUAAUGAAUGACAUCGCCCAGAGGAAGAAGUUGGAUAUUGUCAUUCCUACUUGA